AUGGGGGUUCGGACAUCAGGGGUCUUGGGCGUCAGGGGUCUCAGGCUCGGGGGUCUCGGGCGUCCAGGGUCUCAGGCCGGGGUGUCCCCGGGCGCCGGGUCUCGGGCGCCAGGUGUCCCGGGCAUUUGGGUCUCAGGCAUCGGGGUUACCACCCCGAUUCCCCCCAUGGGCCCCUCAGCGGUGGUGACACUGAUGGGGACAGAAAAGAACGAACGGAGACCUCGGGGGCGGCCCCCGGCUGAAAGCCCCGGCCCAGCCCCUACAACAGCCUCCUCCCACCUGCCUGGGCUCUUCAAGUUCACCAUGGAUGGGGGACCUGGGUUCACCGGAGCCUACCACUUCAAGGCCGUCUUCAUCAUCCUGCUGCUGUCCCCGUCAUCCUUGACCUUACAUCCUGCUGCUCAACCAUGCUCAUCGCCUCAUGGGGGAGACCGCCAACAAGAUCGGGAGGCAAGAACAUCUGGAAGCCCAGGUGCGGGAGGGGAGGGGCACAAGGAUGAAAUGUGUGCCGGCGCACGGGAGCGGUGUGGGAGCGCGGGUGAGACCCCUGUGGCUGGGGGCUUCGCCCCCAAUCCCCCUCCCUUGUCCGAACCACCACGUUCGCCCCGGCCCGUCCCCCCAGGCGCUUCUGGACCCAACGGGCCCGAGAGGCCAGGUCAGGGGCUGCUCCAGGCCCAGCCCUUGGGACCCUCCUUCAUCUUUUUCCUCCCCGAGAGCCAUCACCAUCCUGGACACGGGGGUUUCCUGAACUGCAUGAGGAAGGCCUUCCCGGUCAGGGAAAACUGGUGCAGGGGGCUAACUCCUGAUGGCAGGGAGGACUUCAGAAACAAGGUCUUUACUUUCACUGCCCAGGAAGCCGGGGACCUGGAUGUCCUGGGGGGCUCAGCCACGUUGCCUUCUGUGUGGGGGCUGUUGGAACCCCAGGCCGUCUGGGAGGCCGGCCUCCCGGGAGCCACCCGGAGGGGCUCCUUUGGGCCCCUGGUCCCACGGGACCCCUCCAGCACCCUUGGGACAGGUGGAAAGGAUCAACUGGACCCCUUGGAACACCAACCUGGGUUCAUCAACGGGACCCCGGAACCCGGAAGGAAUCAAGCGACCUUGAGCCAAUUUCCCAGCCUCCAGCCGGGGGUGUCCGGGCUCUCUGGCAGAGGGUUCCCCGGCGGGUUGGCUCCCCCCCCGGGGGUUCUCCGGCAGCCCCGGGCCUUGGGGACUGGAGCGAACCACCUGGGCCAAGGCAGCCUCUUGGGAAUAAAAGGGGCCCCCUGCCCCGGGGCUGGGGCAGAAGGGGAAAGGCGGAUUCUGACUGGGAAGGGGGGCGGGCUGGAGUCCGCAAGGAAGGGAAAAGAUUUGGGCAGUCGGGGUGGCCGUCACCCGAGGCUCCCUCCUGUCCCCGGCCGGGCCUGGGCCAGAUCUGGCCGGGCGGAGGGGCCCUCCCCACCACUUGCUUGGCCCCCAGCCUUUCCCCCCUUCCCUUCUUUCACGGCCGGGGGGCGGCCCUUGGGGCUCCCACAGGCGGUCCCCGGGGGUUCCCAGGCGGGCCCUGGGGACCGGCCCCGCGGUUUCAGGGAAGCACUGGAAGGAAACUUUCCUCUGGUCCCCGGGGACGGGACCAACCGGGACCGGCGGCUCCAACCCUCCCGAGGGAAGUGCAGCUGGGAGACCCUUCUCGGGUCCCUGAGGCCCGAAAGAGCCGAGGUCUUCAAGGAGCCUCUGGCGCUCCCCCGCAGGGGACCAAGGCCGGGCCUCCCCGGCCCCUCCCUCCCCCACGCCCGGAAACUCGCGGGGCCAGGGGGGGCGGGGGCCCGAACCCCCCACCCCGCGGCUGUUGUCGGCCCCGCCCGCUCGUCGCUGGGAGCCCCAGCCCUGGGCAGUAAUUGGGGCUCUGCAGGCCUAGGUGCUUACCAGUUGCACAGCGAGGAGGACAGGGGCCGCCCUGGCCCACCCCACAUGCAGCCAGGUAGAGGACCCCAGCUGCAGACGAUUAAGGGGGCCCUCCUCAAACUGUUUGGGGCAGGCCAGGCUGGGGCCAGGGGCCGGGAGGACCGGGGCAGCUGGCCCCUUCCCCCCUCGGCUGUUCGGGAGCAGCAGGAGCUGGGCGCCAUCUCGAGACUGGUGGCCUGUGUUUCUUCCAACCGUCCGGCCUUGAGGGCAGGCCCGGGUGCCCCUGAGGGCCCGGCGGUGGCCAAGGAUUCCUCCCAGGGGAUCUACAAACCCCUUCUUCCCUACAAUGAGGGGCACAACGCCUGGCUGCCCUCCGGGGCUGGGGACCAAAGGGCCAGCCCCGCCACCUUGAAAGGGUCACCGCCCACCGGGAUCCUUUCUGGGGCGGUUGGGCCAAACCCCAGCCAGGUGACCAUUUCCUCAUGGGGCAGAUGGAGCAAAUUUCUUGGGAAACAGAGAGCCAGCCCAGGAACGGGAGGCGGGCGGGCAGGGCCAGCCCUCAGUGCCCGGGCCGGCUGA